AGAACGCAUUUUCGUUUAAGCGGCCAAAACACAAAAUAUUUCAGUUUAUUGUUUUUAGAUAAAUAGUAAAAACAAUCUAAAACACUUUGAUAAGAUUAAGAAAGAUGGAAAUUUUAGAAUUAAAUCGUAAAAAUAAUGGGGUAAUGUGGCAUCGGAAGGCAAUUCCAACUAAAGAUGAAGGAUUGGUUCUUACCGUCACAUCAUAUCAAGAAGCAUCGAAAGAAGAGAGUAAAAGGCCUAUUCGUUUGCAAUGUAUCGCCUUUCAUGCAAUUGUUGAUGAAUUUCUGGCGUCUGAUCACCAAGGCAACAUUUAUCAUUUUGAUAUUUACAGGAAUAGGUAUAAGCUGUUAAAAAAAUGUGGCAAACCUUGUACAGCUAUAGCAUAUUGCUUACAUCGAAAGAGUGAAUAUUUAGUAGCUUUAUCAGAUUCUUCUCUAAACUGUUUUGACGCCGGGACUUCCGAAUUAAUUGCUGUAAUGAAAGCCCACGAAUCUCCUGUAACAUCUAUAUCUGUUCAUUCAUCUGGUCGUUAUGCUAUUACGUCAGCUUCAGAUACAGCACAUCUAUGGGAUCUUAAUACCUUCGAGAGAGUAAAAAAGCUUAAUAUAAAAGAAGAUAUAGGAUUAUCACAAGCUUUUUUCAUACCAACAAGUAAUCUAAUUAUAACUUGCUUUAAAGACGAUUCAAUAUUCGCCUGGGAAACAUCAACUCUGAUUUGUAAAUAUCAUUUACACAAGCCUGACAAUGUAAAAUCUCCCAUUUUUAAAACGUUUGCUGUGUCAAGAGAUGGUCGAUAUUUAACCGCAGGAGGUAGAUCAAAAUAUUUAUAUUUGUGGAAUCUAGAGUCUCAGAAUCUGAUGCCUUUAAUUGAGUUACCGAAAAAAAUUACGUCAGUUAAACGCUUGCAAUAUUUACCGAAUAACUUUGAAUUUGACGUUGAUAAUAUAGUAGGAAUAUUAUCUUCCGAUGGAAUAAUGCGUUUUGUCAACUUGUCAAGCUGUAAGCAUCUUUUCGAUAUUGGUACUCCCGAGAGAAAAUUGGAAAAGGUUGAAGCGCCACCACCUGUUGUUAAAAUAUUAGAUAAGGAUAAAAAUAGAAAUUCGAAUGCAUCAAAAGUAAAUAAAGAAGAGUUGGAGGGCGAUAAAAGCGAUGGGUUAAGUAUUCUUAGAUUAAAGCGAAUUUUACAACACUACGGUGAAUAUCCGGCAAAAUACAGGGUUUUCAUUUGGCGGCAGCUUUUGAAGUUACCUGAGAAUCAUGAAGCUUACUCUAGCUUAAUUACAAAGGGCAUUCACCCAUCCUAUAAUAAUUUACAUGAAAAAAUACCACUAAAAAGUAGAAAGUUAUUAAGAAUUUUGCAAAAAUUAUUGUGUGCACUUGCUAACUGGUCACCAAUCUUUGGGGAAACUGACUAUCUUCCAACAUUGGUUUUCCCAUUCGUGAAACUUUUCCAAAAUAAUCAACUGUUUCUCUUUGAAAUAGUAGCAACGGUUUUAAUACCCGCUUACUGCACGAUAUCUCGUUCUGCCCUCCUCAAAAUAACAGAAUUUGAGGAUUUCGAGUUCUUCUUCCACAAUCGAAAUGCCAUAUCAAUAUCUUCCCUUAUUAAGGAAGUAUAUCGAUUAAUGGACAUUACACCGGACGAUGUACAUCCAAAGGCUUUUGUUGAAGAAUUCGAGCCUCUACUUCAGAUACAGUAUCCGGUGUUUAAUAAGUAUCCUAAGUUCAUUGUUGAUUACCAAGCGAAAGAAAGAGAAAGGAUUUUAAGUGAGGAGAAAGAAAUCGCUCGCCAACGAAAAGCUGCAUUUUCUCUACGCAAUCAAGUAGAGAAGCAAAGGGUAGAGCACGAGUCAUGGCUAAGGCAGCAACAACAUUUGUUCGAAGCAGAAGAAAAGAGGCGAUCAUUACUUAACACGGAAGAAAAGAAGCUAGCGGAGCAGAGAACACGCUUGGCUGCUUUACAAAGAGAAAUUAAGAUGUCCGAGAUGGCGGCUUUGGAUGCUACAAGACGAAAGGCUCUCGCCUUACAACAACAAGAAAAAGAAGCUCAAAUAGCCAGACUGGAUGAUGAACUCAGAAGGACCGCUUUACGACGAGAAACAGAAACUGUUGCAGCAUGUGACGAAGCCGAAAUUAAACGCCUAGAGCUAGAGUUACAAAGAGCAACUCUGGAGCAUGAUUUGUACAGACAAUCAUCCCGGUUCGAUCAAGAUUUUCGCGAAGCCGAAGAAGCCGCGAAGCGAUUAGGCGACGUACGAUCUGAAGCCUUAGCCGAUGGUUUCGAAUAUCUAACUAUCGACAAACAAGAGCAACAAAGAGAUUUGGCGAACGCUCAAUUGAAGAAAGGGAAUGAAGAUCGUAGAAAUAAAAUCAAUAACGUAAUGAAUGCUUUUAACGAUCACGAAAUAACACAAGCGACCAAAGUUGCUAAGCUCAAAGAAACCAAUGAAAGACUGGAAAAACAGGUGACUGAACUAAGUAAAAAACUUCAAAUGCAAAAUAGGACAAAUUACGCACUAGAAAGAGCUAUUAGAGAGAGAGUAGUAGACGAAAAUCCCCAGGAUGAUACAGCAGACGAGGAUGAAACUAGCAAGUGGGGCACGCAAUAUUCUCAGUCAAUUGGCAUCCGUCAAGAACCCCUGAAUGCCGAGUCAGAUAAACCUUUAGUCGGUCAUGUCACGAAACUUCCGGCUCAUAGGAAAUAUUUGAAUGAUUCAGACUGUGAAAAUAAUUCCGUCCAAUUUUCCGUUAGUUCAUCUCGAGAAGGGCGUGAACAAUUAGAAGAGAAUGAACGAGAAAUGAUGACUCAAGUACGCAAUUUAAGACUACGCCUAUUGGAAGAAUGCUCGAAGAAACCCCCAACUCAGGUUGACGUUGGCGCUUAUUGA